CGGAUGCGCGGGCUCUGAAGCCUGCGUCAUUCGAACGCAUUCGCCGUGGGCACACGAGCGCGUCCAUCGUCGUCGUCGUCGCCCAUCUUCCUGCCACCUCCAUGGACUCGAUGGCCGUCGAGUCGACCGGGUUCUUUGCGCAGAACCCAAACCUGCGCGAGUUCGCCUGCGGUGGCACGGCCGCCGCCAUCAACAUCGUCUUGACCUUCGUGCCCAACAAGAUCAUGUUCCGCCAGCAACUCUAUGGCUCAUCGACCGUCCAAGCGUGGCAAAGUCUCCAGCAAGACGGCUGGAACAUGCUGUACCGCGGCGUGCGCCCGCCACUCAUGCAAGCCGCGGUCGCCAAGUCGUUCAUGUUUGGCCUCUACAACUGCUACAACGACGCGAUGACGGACGAGUAUGGCAACCACAUCAACGGCAUUGCGACGUCGCACUACGCGGCCUUUCUCUCGGGCACGUCCGAGGCGAUUUUGACGCCGUUCGAGCGCGCGCAAACUCUUUUGCAAACCGUCAAGUACAACAACGAGUUCAAGGGCGCGAUCGACGCCUUUCAUCGGAUCAGCAUGCUCGGCGUGCGCGAGCACUACCGAGGCCUCUCGGCCGUCCUGCUCCGCAACGGCCCGUCGAACGUUGUCUUUUUUGGGUUGCGCGAGAACGUCCGGGACUUUUUGCCCGAGACGACGACACCGCACAUGACGCUGGCCGCCGACUUUGUGUCGGGCGCGGUCCUCGGCGCCUUCCUCAGCACGCUCUUCUUCCCCCUCAACGUCGCCAAGACGCGCAUGCAAAGUAUUUAUGGUGGCGAGUACAUUGGUGUCGCCGAGGCCCUGCGACGAACGUACGUCGAACGCGACCACAGCUGGCGACACGUCUACCGAGGCGUGCACAUCAACUUUGUCCGGUCGCUCGUCUCGUGGGGCAUUAUCAACUCGGCCUACGAAAAGCUCAAGCUCCUGACCGAGUAGACGUCCAAGAAUUACAACUACGUGUGCGACCGUUUAGACUAAUUUUUUUCUCGAUACUAAUACUGCAAUUCUUCCUACUGUCUACUGCCUG